CUCUACCUUGACUCCACUCUCUGGACACCCUUUCUCUCUGUAAAACACCCUCUGGAGUUUCUCUGAGGAGCUCGUGGAUUGGAGUACCGUCUUCUUUGGAUUUCCUCCUUCGAUUUGGAUUUGGGUUUAUUUCUCCUCUCAGCUUUCUCUGGUUGGUGAACAGGGAGAUACAAGAAAGGGAAACCGUGGCGAUAUUCGGCGGAUAAGAAACAGUAUGCGGUGGUGGUUGAGUCUUUCUGUUGAUGUGUUUCGAAAAGUUAUCUCCUUGAACCUUUAUUGCAAAGUGAUUCUGUAAUUUCCCAGUCUAAGUUGUCUAACUAGAGCUUUCAAUUCUCUCUGUUUCGUUUCUCCUCUCUGUUUUCCAUGGGAUCCACUUUCUUUAUUGUCGUUCCAUGUUAUGUCCGCCAGAUUAGCUGAACAUUAGGAAACCAAUCUUCCAAAUUUCCAAUCCAAGCCACUUGGUUACCCGUUUCGCUCAUUGUUUUGGUGAUAAAGCUUUGUUUGUUUUUUUUUUCUGUUGUUCUUGUUGCUGCUGCUCAUUCUUGUGCUGAAUUGGGUAGUACGGGCUGCGGGCGUUGAAUUUGUUGUUCUCUGGAAGAUCCUGUUCUUUUCUUGUGCCAUAUUGAAGGGUUGGGACGUAGUGAUGGUGUGCCAAGCAGCAUGUAGGACAAGAUUCCGGGCAUUGAAGCACGAAAAUGGAAUUGCAGGGAGCGCCACCAUUGUAGUUAGAGUCAUAGCAUGCUUUCAACCCCUUCAGGAUUGUCAGGCUGAAUAUUUCCGUCAUUUGCUGAAGCCCGUUACGUAGAUUAGUUUUUCAUCUUUUCAUCUGAGUUAAGCUGGAGUUUUUAGUUUUUUUCCUUGUUCUUGAAAGAAACUGCAAGUGAACUGUCAUUUCUUCUGCUACCUAUAUAUUUCUUCUGGUA